AUGUCUUCUGAUGUGCUUCCGCUGUCGGACCGUAGGAGUCCUUUCUACAUUAAUACGCCUUCCUACGACGCCAAACCCGUGGACCACUUGGUGUCCUACUUUAAGCUCUGGAAACACUUUAUCGCUGCGUUGAUCGCUUACCUUAAGGAUUUGGCCAAUGCAAAGGAGUUUGAGCUGAACUUGAACCUCCAGCUUGUGGGGUCCGUGCAGUUCCCUGGGUUUAGAGAUUUGGCUUAUAAGACCAUUCUGGCGGUUCAGCAGGCUCAGGCAUCGCCCCUGUCGCCCCAGGGCCAGCCCCAGAAGGAGUUGGGUAAGUCGCUGAAUGCUAGCACUACAAACUUGGCGGCAAGACCGGGUUUGCCUAAACAAAAGUCUCAGCUGUCGAUUUUUAAGAACCAGUCGUUUGCUCAUCGCAAAUCGCCUUCGUCGUCAAGCUUGAUGGACCAACCGGCUCCAAACGGCAAAUCGAAGAAGAGUGAUCUGCCUUCUGGCGGCUUGCAGCAUACUUCGACUCUGAGCUCUCUACUGUCGUCUGUGACGGCAGCAAAGUAUGCUCCAAAGUCGGAUGUGGCUGUGGAUCCAACCUACUUCCCAGCAAACUCCAUGUUUUCCAACAUGCCCAACGCAUUGGUCAACCACCACUACCAGACAUACGUUGCCCAGACGAAAUUGACCAAGGACCUUCAGCAGAAGCUCAUUCCAAAGCUUGAAAGCUUGCACCGUAACUUGGGCCUCAAGAUCAAGGAGAUAAAGUCUUCUUUGAAGAAUGAUUCGUUCGCUAACCCAUCCUUGGCAAGAGAGGUGUCCAAGACUGGUGCCGUCAUCAAUACCUUCGUUUCUAGCAUUCGCCGUUACUCUGGCAACCGUCCUGUUCUUUCUAAGGAUUUGGAUGAUGAUGACGAUGAGGACUCCUUGUCUGAUCCAUUCCUCGUCAAGUUGCGUGUGGACUACCAGCUCAAGAACCAGUUGAUUCACGAGAAUUACGUUUAUGCAUCGUACUUGAACUUGCAGAACAUUUCCAAGGACCUUCUCAAUUACGUAAUCAAGGACUUGAACUUUAUCACUGAGAGAUUGGGCAGACUUGGUAAUGGUGAGGUUUACGCAACUUCGGCAGAGAAUGCCCUUUUCAAUCUUUCAUGGACUAUGAAGAACUAUAUCAACAACGCUAACAACGACUGGGAGUACUUCAUUUCCCACAACCCUAACUUCUUGAACGUUUUUCACUCCACAGAGAAGUCCCCCAAGCGUGACGUGAGAUCUGCUCAGGAUGUCAUUGUUCCAUAUGCUGACUCUUUGCAUUCCAAGUGCUUGCGCUGUGGUAUCAUGUACAAGAAGCAAAGACUUAUCAAGUCUUAUACAUCCUACUUUUACUUGUUGACAUGUAACUACUUGCACGAGUUCAAGCUUGACACCAUGAGUGACAAAAUCCAAGAUGCUACCAGCAAGAAUGACAAGAAGACUGGCGAAAAGCAAAGCCAAAAGAAAAAGAAAGGUAAGAUUGGAGGCGUUGUUGGCCCAGGUGAUACCCCUGUCAAGUCUUACAACUUGAAUAACUAUUCGUUCCAGUUGAAGAGUGAAAAGGAUUUCAAGUUUAUCUUGACCAAGGUUUCCAGCAGCUCUCAAAAGUUCACCUUCAAGUGUGCCAGCCAGGAGGAUUUUAAUCACUGGGCGAACGAUUUGCAUGACUUGCUCAAGUUCUCUUCCCAGCAUUUGAAGAGAUUUGACUACAUUGAAGCCAAGUUGAACGUGCGUGAUAAGAAUCCUGAGCCUGUUAAGGGUAAGCCUGCUCGUGACAUGUCUUUGAACCUCAACAAGUACUUGGGCAAGGACCAGAUCUCCGCCGACAAGAUCCAAGGAGAGAGUCUCAGUGGUAUCUUUACUCCACGCGUGCAGCUGCCUUCCGAGACUGUCAAGACGGAAAAGAACCCAUUCGAAAACACUUUCGAUCUUCCAACCACGCCAAACUUGUCUCAGUCUCAGUCGCCUGAAGCCCUUUCUGCUGGUCAGUCUCCGGUUGUAUCUCCAUUGCAUAGUGGAGUUGAGAAGCCAUCUACACCUGCUUCUCAAGACAUUGUUUCUCCAGGAUCAAUUAGAUCGCCUACUGGUUCGAGCGGUUCACAGACACCAGGCGGCACUCACCAGAAGGAACACGAGGACUACCUCAAGCUCCAAGACGAGAUUUUGAAGCAGCAGCAACAAUUGAUGGAAUUGAAGAUUUUGCAUAGCCCCAAGAACAACUCCAGCAACAAGCUUUCGUUGUCCAGACAGUCAUCAGGCGAGUCUAUUGUGUCGAUGAUGGAACAGAACAACCACGACUUGUCGGCCCUUUUGAACCAGGGCAAGGAGCAGCUCAUUGACCAACCGCCAGCGGCUGAGUCACUCUACAAUAAUCACGAGGCCAACUCGCUGGUGCCUACAGUUUUCGUGCUGAACCACGAGAACCAUUCAUGA